UGUCAUUAAGAAAUGGCGGGAAAGAUGGCAGACUGUUUUGAUAAUCACUCGUGACUUGUUGCUUACCUGUAUAAUGAACGCGUUAAGCUGACUAAUAAGGGGUCUUAAAGAUAUAAUUUUUUUUAGCGAUUAAGUUUUAACAUCUUCUGUAUUAAAAGUAAACAAUUUCUGUGUGUAACUUGUAAGUAAUAAAGAUGUUUAAAAUGGAUAAUGAUAGUGAUUCUGACGUAAAUGAUAUUUUAAAUGAUCUCUUAGCUAAUAAUGAUACAGAAGAAAAUCAAGAAUUAUCUCAAAAAGAAACUCAAAAAGAAACUCUUCAAGAACUAGAUUUUAAUUUCUUAGACAGUACACCUAAAACAACUGAUGAAAGUAAAUCUACUAAUUCCCAGGAAAAAAGUGAAGUAUAUGAUGAUACCCUUGACUCUUCGGAUGAUGAAGACAGGCGUUACUUCGAGGAACAAAAAUAUUCCAAUUAUGGACGUGAUAUAAAAAAUUUAUUAAAAAAAGAAACUAUUAAAAAAGAUGAGGAUAGACCACUUCCACGUAAAAGCAGCAGAACAUUUGAUUUUAGUGCAACAAAAACCAAUAAAAAUUUAAAUAGAGUAACAAAUAAUGCUAUUGUUACAGCAAAAGAUGUUUACAGUGAUCCAUUUUUUGGAUUAAGAAUCGUUAAUCCAAUAAUCUCUUCAGCAGAGCUGAAAGCACGUAUGAGUGAUAAAGUACCUGUUACCGUAUCCAGAAUAAAAUAUCAUCUUAAUCCAGAAAAAAUGGAGAAAGACUGGGUAAUUGCAGGAGUAUUAAUAAAUAAAUCUACACCAAAAACUUCUCAAAAAGGAAGUACAUAUGCUAUAUGGAAAAUAAGCGAUUUAUCUGAUAAUAUGAAUACUGUGUGCCUUUUUAUGUUUAGUAAUGCAUAUAAAACACUAUGGAAAACUACUAUUGGGACUGUGAUAGGUAUUCUUAAUCCAAAUGUCUUGGAAUCUAAAGACAAUUCUGAUUUAGCAACAUUAUCAGUUGAUAAUCCUCAGAGGGUCAUGAUACUUGGUAAAUCUAAAGAUAUGGGGAAAUGCAAGUCCAGGAAAAAGAAUGGAGAACCAUGUAGUUCUAUUAUAAAUCUUAGUCGUUGUGAAUUUUGUUUAUAUCACAUCAAGCAAGAAUACAAGAAAUGCUCUCGCAGAGCAGAAUUACAGGCAUUUAGUAAUACUCAGAAAUUUUCAAUAGAUAUGUUAAAACAAAAACCACAGCAAAAACAAAAAUCAUUUUUCAACAAUAUGCCUGAAUUUAAUGCUGUUGUUGCUGUAAAAAAUAAAAAAUUAGAAGAAAAAGAUGCCAAACGAUUGGCAUUACUUUCAGGAAGCCAGAAGAUUAAUAGUUUAGAUAAUGUAAAAAAUCAAAAUGUGAAAACAGAUAUACCAGGACAACAAAUAAAAAAAGACUUUGAACAGAUGAAUAAGUCGAGAGGUUGGAAAGCUGCUGUAUUAUCGCAAACAUCUUCGGUCCACAAGACAUCCUCUUCAUCUACGUUAAUAGAGUUAAAUUCCUGCAAAAAUAAUAAUAUAGGAAACAAAAAUUUGUCUUCUCUAUCUUCAAAUCCUCGCUUAGGUAUUGGUUGUCUUGGAGGAACGAUAGAUUUGUCAGAGCCUAUAACUAAAAGACAAAUUAAUAUAGCUAAAAAUAAUGCUGUAAAAUGGAUUAAAGAAAAUGGAAAAAUUAAACCUAAAGAUCCUAACAAAGUGCGUUUGAGUAAGGAGGAGAAACUAGAAAAGGGAAAAAAACGUCCAAGAGAAUCAGAAAAUGAUGAAAGGCAAGAAGCAAAGAAAUCAAAUGUACUAUCAGAUAAAUUUAAAGAAAUGAUGCAAACUAAAUCUGCUCAUACUGGUCUCAUUGAAAAAUCUUAUGAACAAGAGCAAGACAAAUAUUUCAAUAAGCUAGAGAUGAAAGAAAGAAUGGAAGAGAAAAUGUUGACUACUUAUAAGGUUCCUUGUAAAGCUGUUAGAUGUUUAAUUUGUAAAUAUACGUCUUUUUCUGCUUCUGAAAUGUGCAAAGAACAGAAUCAUCCAUUGCGUGUUGCUGAUGCGGUGAAAAGAUUCUUCAAAUGUGGAGAUUGUGGAAAUAGAACAGUGAGUUUAGACAGAAUACCUUCGCAUAGUUGUAUAAAAUGCAGCAGUUCAAAUUGGACAAGGGCUGCAAUGAUGGAUGAAAGAAGAACAAAUGUUUCCGUCACCACAUUAUCCAUUCGCGGAGAUGAGGAAACUUUUAUAGGAUCAACGACUAAAGAUGCCAAUCUUAAUCUCUUGGUACCAGAUAAGGAUGACAAGUAGUAUCAUUAUAAAUAAAAAUUUAUAAAAUAUUAUAUACAAGAGUGACAUCUUUGCUAUAAGUUUACAUCUAUUUAACUUUUAUACUGUAUCUUAUAAGCAUAGAUAAUUGUUUGUAUUAUUGUCCUUAACAUCAAUACUCUUUUACUAUGUGAAAUACACAAGUAUAAAAAAACUCUGAUGUGAUAUAGCUAUAUGUAUAUAUAAAUAUAAUUUAAUGUUUUUACAAGACUAAUGUUACUUCAAAAGAAAUUAAAGAAAUAAAUACAUUUAACUAGAUCCGUUCAAAUAUACAUACUAAGCAAAGAUAUCUGGGUACAUCCAGGUGUAAAAUAUAAGAUGUAUUUCAUAGAGUACUUUCUCUUUUAUUAUAUUCUUUCAAUUUCUUUUCAUCUUUCUAUUCAAAUUUCUAUUCAAUAGCACCUCGUUCCAUAGGCGAAUAUGUAUGUCUUACCAAUAAUAUAAAGAAUUUUUUCUGUUACUUCAUGUAAGUAAAAUUCACGUAUAUAAAAGGGAGAGCAUUAACAAAAAUGUAAGAAGACGUUAUAAUUGGAACCCGGAAAUAUCUCUCAUUGUGAUCAGAUCCAUCACAGAGCAAAAACGUUAAAAUCUAUUUUUCCAUUCUAUCUCUGCUAUUAUUUAUCAUACUUUUUACAAUUCUAAAAUAUUUUUAAAGUUAUCUUGGAUGUGCCCUGUGAAAACAAAUAUUAUUGUGACAUUUUCGGGUUCUAAUAGCAACUUGUUUGCAUGAGAAACAUAGACUGUAUUUUUCACUUCUUAUUCACUUUUUCAUAUUCUAUUCUAUUCAGAUUCUUAUUAAAUUUUGAUAUUAACGAUACGUUAAUUUUCUUUGCGUAUAAAUUUUGUGUAAUGCGUAUGUGAAAAAAGGGAGAUUGGAAAUAAUGUUUAAUUAACAAAUAAAUUGAAAAUAUUUUCGAAGAGAAGCGAAAGCGAUUAAAAUAUUUCAUUGUUAGUUUUACAAAAUUUAUAUUCUUCUCGAUUCCGUAUUAUUAACAGUAAAAUAAUAAUACAAUUUUAAUUGUUAAUAACUACCACAUAUACCAAAACAUACAAAACAUAGAUAUAUGAGCUAACUACUUGAUAGAGUUAAAGAUAAUUAUAAGUUAACACUAUGAAUUUUUAUCGAGGUAACUUCUAUCAUCAUAAUCAGAAUGUUUUGUCACAUAGACUACAUUUAAGUAUCAUAAACUAUCAUUUCAUUAUUAUGAGCCAUUAUUUCAAUAUCCCUCUUUAUCACUUCACAAAACAUCUUUUAUAGAACAUGUAUCAUGGUACGGCCAACAUUUUAUCACGUAAACUCGAAAUUCAUAUUUUUACCGUAUCCUCGUAUUCAUUUCAGUAAAAACGAAUUAAAAUUUGUAGGGUAUAGCAUGAAUGUACUUUACGCGUACAAUACAUGUAAAAUAUGAGGUAUUAAAUCCACAUUUUGAAAAAU